AUGACGCGCCUUGUGCGCCUUGCCUUUGCUCGUCGCGUCGCCGUUCCCCUCCAUCCCUCGUCGACGUCUCCCCCCUUCUCUCUCGCAUCCAUCCCCCUCGUCUCUCUCAUCCGCCGCUGCCACCACCACUCGCGCCCCAUUCGUCGCCGCCGCUCUCCUCAAGACAUACCUGUCAUUGCAGGUCCUCCGGUUGCAUUCCUCGCUCCUUUGCCAUGUCACACCGUACCAAAGAACAACUUCAGCAAGCCGACCAACGUCUCAGAGGUCCGCUAUACAGCGACCCCGCUGUGUUCGAUCCUCGUUGUUGGAAGGCGCAUCGACGGCCAGAUCACGCCUAAUAUAUGCACAGACGACUGGAACGCCUACGAUGCUCUCGCCUUGGGUGUCGAUGGGUCCGACUGGCUCAUUUCGUCCCCCAACUCGUCCUUCGUCUGUGAAUAUCGUAACACCUCGCAAGAACUUCGCGCCCGGAAGGACGGACGCCUUGGCCCCACAGAUCCCUUCCAGUGGCCGACGCUCUUUCAACCCUCCAUGCCUUGGGUCGCACUCUAUCCCCGUCGUUCCUAUUUCGAAGCCGACCCCAUCAUGAGCUUCUGCUGGUGGACCCCCGCCGACACGGAUGUCGUCUGGAAGGACGCCACCACUCAUACCACAGGUUUGCUCGACGACGCCGGCUUUUCGCGUAUGCAAGCUCUGAUGACGACUGCCCGCACCCGCGAGACCAACUUCUGCUCCACGAGCGCCGGGGAGAACAAUCGUUCGUGGCUGCGGCGUGCCAUCCGUCGCCUCCAAGACGUUCUCGACCGUUUCCGCCGUUUCCCCUCCAGCCUCCGCUCCAUCAUCCUCGACGUCGCAGACUUUCAGCGCGGGGUUAUGGACAUCUGGGCGUUCACGGAGUGGUGGCUCCGCGUGAAGAACGGGUUCUACUCCCGCGAUUGGACCAAGGUCGAAGGCCUCAAGAAGGAGGAUGGUAUCGUUCGUGCCUCGCCCAUGUACAUGGGCUGCUUCUCGACAGAGCCCUUCGACGCCGAGGACCUCUACGCUGCCGGUAUUCCCGUCUGGAUCCCACGUUCCCGCACCCAGUGGUCCGAUAGCUCUAACUCCAUCUCUCUCGUCAACGUCGACCGCCCUCGCGUUGUCAUCGAAGACUACCACGAGAACGGUGUCGACAUGCGGUACCCCGUUCUACAUACUGGCCCCCCCUCCCUCCUUCGCAUCGUCGCUGCCCGCUUCGGCUACGGUCACAGCCAUGAAGACCCGGAGUCGUUCAAGAUUCACGGCAUAUCUACCAAUGACCUCGGUCCGGGUCUCCAGGACCUCCUCAAGCGAGGAGCAUCAUCAGUUAGGUUCUUGAACUCCGAGGCCGGGCCCUCGACCGGACCAUCUCGUCCAAAGCCUUCGAAAUCCAAGCGCUCGACACCCUAUACCCGCCCCUCCACUGGUCCCAAGAAGGAGCAGCGCGACAAGUGGGCCGAGCUGACUCACGAGUUCUGGCCUGCCGGAUUCAAUGCUUGGAGGGUCGCGUUGAAAGAAGUCGACAAGUCCCCCUCCCGCGUUCGCAACGUCGCCAUGAACGGCGGCUAUUUUUUCCCCGAGCCUGCCCUAUUCUGUGGGGUGACCGACUUCUCUCGCCUCGCCCGUUAUGUCGAGAACUGGCUAGCGAUCCGCGAGCCAUGGAUCAACUAUGUCCGCACCAGCCCUCCCGAGCUCCCGCCUAAGGGGCAGAACUGGCGGGACUUCCUCAACGGCGCCAUCUGGGACUGCACCCCCGACAACAACGGCUCUGGUAGCGAGCGGGACAAGGCCCGCAUGCUUCGGUUCCUCCAGCCCGUCCUUCUCGCUGCUCGAGCCAAUCGUCAAGCCCCCUCCAUCAUUGUUCGUGGCACGGCGAUCACCCGCGAGCAGAUGCAGAAGCCCGAGCCUGUGCUCAUGCGACGGCUUCUGUGGGACCUCUUCAAUCUCAGCUUCGCUGCUGAGUUUGUUGCUGUCGAUCAGCUCGUCAAGCCUACGUUGUGGACUCAUGAGACGGCUGCCGCACGUCGUGGGGUUCUCGCUCUUGCCCUCCCCUCUCAUUUUGGGGCAUGCCCCGACACAUGGCCUUCAUCGGAGCUGUGCUCCUUCGGUGGGACUCCGGACAAUGUCCCUGCCGUUGUCAAUGCCAUCCGUGACAUUGUUCGGGCCUGGCCGGGGUCACCUGACAGCCUCAAUGUCUAUGUGAAGGACAGUCACUUACCCAUUGGCGGUUUGACUGACCGGGGCCGCUCGCAUCUGUUUCGCUUGCGCAUCGUGCUCACCAAGAUCUAUGCCCAAGCAUUCUUCGACCAGUUUGGUCGUCCACCAGUGCUGCCGCACUGUUUCCCGGAAGCUGUUGAUGGAUCAAUGGAGGGUUAG